AUGCCUUGGAUAGCCCCCGGCAUCACGAUUCCUGCCGUUGCUUUGCUGGCCUGCCUCGUGUCGAUCCCUCCCCUGCUUGUUCACUUCAAGGCUCGGAACUUUGCAGCUACCGUCCUCAUCCUCGGCGUCACCAUCUUGAACGUCCAAAACUUUGCCAAUGCUAUCAUCUGGGCUUCACAAGACCGCUACAGCUGGUGGAAUGGGAAGAUCCUCUGCGACAUCGAAGUCAAACUCUACAUUGGGAUCGCCGUGGCUGCUGACGGGGCUGUUGCAAGCAUCUUCCGCCAAACAGCUAUGAUCCUUGAUACGGAUCGAAUGACAGUAGCACCGAGUCCCCAACAACGCAGAUCACGGCUCGCCGUGGAGAUCUUGUUGUGUAUUAUGCUGCCUGUCCUUGUCAUGGCCGCCCACUACCUGGUCCAAAACGACAGAUACUGGCUCACGACUUCUGCCGGGUGCACGCCUGCAUUUGAUACUUGCUGGCCGACGCUUCUCCUCAUCUUUCUGUGGCCGGUUCUUGUCUGCCUGAUGGGAAGCAUCUACUGCGCGCUUUCAGUCAUCCGGCUCUGGAGACACAGAAAGGAGAUGUCGUCUGUUCUGUCCAGCACCCCCGGAGUCACGUCUUCCCGUUUUUUGCGCCUCUUCGCAUUGGGGUUCACUUUACUACUAGGCUACUGUCCAUUGGCAAUCCUCGCUUUUGCGGAAAAUGUCAGCAUCCCGCGGCAUCGCUACUCUUGGGCAUUCAUCCAUCCUCCGGAUUGGGCUGAAAGAAUCAUCCUCGUCCCGAGCACCGAGCGACUCACUUUCGACCGCUGGGCACAGAUCGCCACUGGCUUUCUAUUUUUCCUCUUCUUCGGACUGGGCAAGGAAGCAACUCAAAUAUACCAUUCGUGGCUGAAGAUGACGCAACGCUGGUUGCCGACUCGGUGCAUGUUUCGUGGCAAACACCACCCCCAUCAACUGGGAGCGGGAGUGCUCCCUCGCGCCGAGUUUGCCUUGACUUGA